AGGCAAACCAGUUGUGCUGUUGGCUGAAAAGCUUCCUCCGGCGCGUCGCUGGACAAUGUGCCAGUCGCAAUCUCGAUGCUAGAAUGCUGAACUUUCGACAAGUCCUUCAACAGUUGUGCUGUGCCCACCGCACUGAGCCCAAUGGCCGGGCCUUGGAGAGGAUCCACAUCGCCAACGCGGUCCUCCCGGCCAACGUUCGAAGACUCUCCCACGGCUUUGGCAAGGUAAGCACGAAGCUCCGGAUCUUGUACACCUCCACAGGCCCCGACGCGGACCGCUUCGAUGAGGCCUUCCACCGGAACGACCUCCGUGCUCUGGUGGAUCUGCUCGACUCCAAGCAGGCGGUUGACAGCCUCAUAGAGCCCAAGCACCCCUGGGCAGAGGAUCCCAGGACGGUGGGGGCCCUGGCAGCGAUGCAGCUGGCACUACUGGCCUCGGUGGUGGGGGAGGAUGACGCCAGCGUGCGCGAGGACAUCGGGAGAGCAGGCGGCAUUGCUCCUUUGGCGCGGCUUGUGGAGUCCAGGGACUCCGACGGAAUGCAGGCCGCAGUGGUGGCCAUGAAAUAUCUCACGGAGGAGAGUCGCCAGAACUCGGUGGCGGCCUUCGAAGCCGGCGCCCUGCCGCCGCUGAUCAAGCUGCUGGGCCACUCCAUGGCAGGCCUUCGAGGAGCUGCAGCCUCGUGCCUGCGGAAUAUGUGCACCGAAUGCGAAGCCUGCCACGAGCACCUGGCCGAGUUGGGCGGUAUCGGCGUGAUGGUGGGCCAGCUGGAUUUCCCCUUGGACGUGUCCAAGGACCACGAUCACGACCUGCUAUUGGAGGCUGUCUGGAACUUGGAGGACAUGACCGCGGAUCAGGACGGCAAGGCCUUCGAUCGUUACUGUCGGCUGGCUGUGGAGGCGGGGGCGGUGGAGAAGCUCCGAAAGCUUCGGGAGGUCGGUGCCGGGGAGUUGUUGCUGGCCGUAGAGAAGCUGUUGCAGACUUUGGAGACGUUCACGAGCGAGAAGAAGGAUUGAUCGCCCCCUCGUCAGGUGACGCGCGAACGAAUCAAGCCAGCAACGAGUCCCUUUGAGGGGGGCAUCCAGGCUCGUGCUUUGGGUCCGGUUUGUCAGUUGUCAGA